AUGAGAGGAAGUAAGUCUCAGAUUCGAGUUUUUGAAAAAAACAAAACCACAAGGAAGUUGAUAUUAAGAAGCAUAGCUCUGUACAACAUAUGUGCGCUUGCAGUGUAUUUGAUGAACAAAGAGAAAAACAUCCUGGUAUAUCUUGUUAGAUCCAUUCCCGAGGCACUUGCUGUUUAUUAUCUCUAUAGAAUCUCAACGCCUGUUAUUUCUCACGACGGAAAGACAACAACUCUGGUGAGCCCCGGGGCAUCUCUUAACGGAAAGGGCCAUGUCAGUGUUGCAUUUGAUUUCCUGUUUAUUUCGAUGGUUGUGAAGCUGCUUCUGCUCUACUCCAGUAAGUCAUGGCUGCUUUAUGUCUUCUUUGUCAUCUCCUGCUGUUAUGAGUUUUUAUAUAAGCCGUUUGCAGCUUUAAAGACAAACACAAAAUAA